UAUUCCUGAAAGGAAUCUAGGAUUUCCCUGCCCUCCGUAUUUCCUCGCCCCCAGGACCCCCACCUGGAAAUCCUAUAGAUUUCCGUUUCCUCUUCCUUGUCUCUCCUGCCCUUCAGUCCCUGUGGCUCACCGACUGGUGUCUCCUAUUGCCAGAUCUAAGGAUCGCCCCGUAUUCCAGCAUCUCCCCUUUCGUAUGCAGCCUGGCUUCAAGCUCUGUCACUCACUCCGCUCUUACUUAGGGCCUGACUUCCAGGACCUUAUGUAUUCCCUUUGUCCUCCCCCCUCCCCCCCGCGCCCCCUUUUUUUUGAGACAGGGUUUCUCUGUGUAGCUUUGGCUAUCCUGGACUCAAUUUGUAGGCUGGCCUCCAACUCAGAGAUCUGCCUGCCUCCGCCUCCCUGGGAUUACAGGCGUGCGCCACUGCCUUUGUCUCUUAGUGAUGUUUUCCUAAGAGUCAAGUGCCUUACAGGGUCUUGGGAAGGAGAGGAGCAUUAAAGGCUUAGAGUGAGGAUAGACCUGAACCCAGAUCCAAGAUGGCUUGCAGACCUCCUCCAACUCACUGCCCUCUUGCCUACGUUGACAGGGCUAAUAAUCUAGAAGAGACGGACGACUCGACACCAGGACCCAAUCCAGACCCAGGAAUGCCAGAGAAGAGGCUUUGUGGGGAAGGGAGGCCAGCACCCAGCCCUCCAGGAAAUGAAAUUGCAUUUCAGGGAGGUCUUCCUCUUCCAUUCAGCUAUUCCAAACACUCAACACCUUCAUCCAAGCAGGAGAUUUCCCAGGGGCUGACACUCCUGAGCCGCUCUCCUGGAGAUACUCCUUGACUGAGGAAGCUCCUCCAACUGCAGACAAUUGACAGAGACAAGAAUGGUCAGACUGGCAAUGUCUGUGAGCCCUCCUCAGCGCUCCUGGGGCUGAGGCUUGGCCACCACCAGCCAUGAGGCUAGGCUGGCCCCAACUCAGGCUGCUGGGCCUGCCCACAGCCGUGGUGUAUGGCUCCUUGGCUCUCUUCACCUCCAUCCUGCAUAAUGUGUUCCUGCUGUACUACGUGGACACCUUUGUCUCCGUGUAUAAGAUCAACAAAGUGUCCUUCUGGGUUGGAGAGACUGUAUUUCUCCUCUGGAACAGCUUCAACGACCCCCUCUUCGGCUGGCUCAGUGACCGCCAGUUCCUCAGCUCCCAGCCAUGGUCAGGAGCCGGGCUCUCCUCCAGAGAUGUGGUGCUGACUCGGGUGCGGGCGCUAGGCUGGCACGGGCCGCUGCUGGCACUGUCCUUCCUGGCAUUCUGGGUGCCCUGGGCCCCUGCUGGCUUGCAGUUCUUACUGUGCCUGUGCCUCUAUGAUGGCUUCCUGACGCUCGUGGACCUCCACCAUCAUGCCUUGCUGGCUGACCUGGCUCUCUCAGCCCAUGACCGCACCCACCUCAACUUUUACUGCUCCCUCUUCAGUGCCGCUGGCUCCAUGUCUGUCUUUGCCUCCUAUGCCUUUUGGAACAAGGAAGACUUCUCCUCCUUCCGUGCCUUUUGUGUGGUACUAGCUGCUGGCUCUGGGCUGGGCUUUCUGGGAGCCACACGAUUGCUAAAGUGGCGCAUUGAGGCAACCAGAAGGGCCAAGAGUAGCUCGGCCCUGCUCAUAGAUGGCAGUGCGUGUGAAGAGGCGCUGCUGGUGGGCGGUGGGGAAGCAGGCACCAUCACCUUGGGCCAGUACCUCCGGCAACUGGCACGCCACCAAAACUUCCUGUGGUUCGUGGGCAUGGAUCUGGUACAGGUGUUUCACUGCCACUUCAACAGCAACUUCUUCCCCCUCUUCCUGGAGCACUUGCUGUCAGAGCACAUCUCGCUCUCCACCGGCUCCUUCCUGCUGGGCAUCUCCUAUGUUGCUCCUCAUCUCAACAACCUCUACUUCCUGCCCCUGUGCCGGCGCUGGGGUGUCUAUGCAGUGGUGCGGGGCCUCUUCCUGCUCAAGCUGAGCCUUAGCCUCCUCAUGCUGUUGGCUGGCCCAGACCACCCUGGCCUGCUUUGCUUCUUCAUUGCCAGCAACCGUGUCUUCACUGAGGGCACCUGUAAGCUGCUGACCCUGGUGGUCACUGACCUGGUGGAUGAGGACCUGGUGCUGAACCAUCGCAAACAGGCAGCCUCGGCGCUUCUCUUUGGUAUGGUUGCCCUGGUGACCAAGCCUGGCCAGACCUUUGCCCCACUGCUGGGCACCUGGCUUCUCUGCUUCUAUACAGGUCACGACCUUUUUCAGCAGCCCCCAGUGACGUCUGUGGGGAGUGUCCGGCCAUGGCCAGAGCCGCCCGCGCCAGCGCCGGCGCAGGCGCCGACACUCCGCCAGGGUUGCUUCUACCUGCUGGUGCUGGUGCCCAUCACCUGCGCACUGCUGCAGCUCUUCACCUGGUCCCGGUUCACACUGCACGGGAGACGCCUGCGUAUGGUCAAGGCCCAGCGACAGAACCUGGCCCAGAUCCACACGCUGGACAUUAAGGUGGUGUGAGAGGUGCGGCGAGGCUGUCCUGGCUCCAGCAGUAGCCUCUCGUGCCAGCCAGCAUCCUGCUUCCUCACCUUCUCUGCGUGCAGCCCAAAGAACAGAUGGCAUGGGGGCGCCUCUGGGGCGGAACCGGGAGCAUCACUGAGGCCUGCCCUUCAUCAGCCAUCUGCCUCAGCUCGGCCAAGGGCUGAGCUAUACGUGCUCAGGGACCUGCAACUUCUGUGGGGCAGGAAAAAAAAAUGAGGAUCAGAAAGGGUAGGGCUCAGUGUGGUGCACAAGGAUCCAUUUCAGAAAGGCUUCCAGAACCACCAGAAAGUAACUUGACAGCCGCAGCCCAUCGGCUGGGCCAUGUGCCCUGGAGCCCGCACCUGGAUCACCUGCACGCGGGCACCUGCAGCUGGGGCUGUCUACGCAGUGGGCUUCUGGGCCGUGACUGCACCUUCUGCCCACUCAGGCGCAGCUCAUUCAAAGUGCCAUUUGCCCCUCCUUCUGGCAGUUUGUUCUGCUUCACCUGUGCUGGCAAUGGUGUCCCCUUUCUGCUGUAGGGCUCCCCAGAGCCCAACAGGCCUCAAAACCCUUGAGGCUCAACUCAUUCCUGAUCCAGUAAAGCCAGUCAUUCCUAGUCAA